GUGAGGCCGGCGGCGGUAGUUGGGCUUGGGUGGGAGGAGAUCCUCUCGCACACACGAGGAGGGUAGAGCCGCCUUCUCUGCCUUGGCCGGGUGCGGACUCGGGACCGAAGCCACCGCCGAGGACUCCGAGAUCGAGUCGUUGACCGCCGGCUCUGCUGCCUUGCCCGUCUUCCGUGGGUCAGCGCGGCGUGCUCCUCCCCGGCCGGACGCCCCCGCCUCCAUUUCCCGCCCUCUCUUCAUCACACACACGGCCCCCCCGAUCAUGGAUCCAGGCAGCGGCGGCGGCGGCGGCGGCGGCGGCGGCGGCGGCGGGGGGAGCAGCGGCAGCAGCAGCGACUCGGCGCCCGACUGCUGGGACCAGGCGGAUAUGGAGGCCCCCGGCCCUGGCUCCUGCGGCGGCGGCGGCUCGUUGGCCGCGGCGGCCGAGGCCCAGCGUGAGAACCUCAGCGCGGCCUUCAGCCGGCAACUCAACGUCAACGCCAAGCCCUUCGUGCCCAACGUCCACGCCGCCGAGUUCGUGCCGUCCUUCCUGCGGGGCCCGGCCCAGCCGCCGCCAUCCCCGGCCGGCGCUGCUGGCGGCGACCACGGCGCGGGAGGUCUUUCGGCACCUGUGGAGUCCUCUCAAGAAGAACAGUCCUUGUGUGAAGGUUCAAAUUCAGCUGUUAGCAUGGAACUUUCAGAACCUGUUGUAGAAAAUGGAGAGACAGAAAUGUCCCCAGAAGAAUCGUGGGAGCACAAAGAAGAAAUAAGUGAAGCAGAGCCGGGGGGCGGUUCCUUGGGAGAUGGAAGGCAACCAGAAGAAAGCACCCAAGAAAUGAUGGAGGAGGAGGAAGAAAUGCCAAAACCUAAAUCGGUGGUUGCACCACCAGGUGCUCCUAAAAAAGAACAUGUAAAUGUUGUGUUCAUUGGGCAUGUAGAUGCAGGCAAGUCAACCAUUGGAGGACAAAUAAUGUAUUUGACUGGAAUGGUUGAUAAAAGGACACUUGAGAAAUAUGAAAGAGAAGCUAAAGAAAAAAACAGAGAGACUUGGUACUUGUCAUGGGCCUUAGAUACCAAUCAGGAAGAACGGGACAAGGGUAAAACAGUAGAAGUGGGUCGUGCCUAUUUUGAAACAGAGAAGAAGCAUUUCACAAUUCUAGACGCCCCUGGCCACAAGAGUUUCGUCCCAAAUAUGAUUGGUGGUGCCUCUCAAGCUGACUUGGCUGUGCUGGUAAUCUCAGCCAGAAAAGGAGAGUUUGAAACUGGAUUUGAAAAAGGAGGACAAACAAGAGAACAUGCAAUGUUGGCAAAGACGGCAGGUGUAAAGCACUUAAUUGUGCUUAUUAAUAAGAUGGAUGACCCAACAGUAAAUUGGAGUAAUGAGAGAUAUGAAGAAUGUAAGGAGAAACUAGUGCCAUUUUUGAAAAAAGUUGGCUUCAAUCCCAAAAAGGAUAUUCAUUUCAUGCCCUGCUCGGGACUAACUGGAGCAAACCUCAAAGAACAAUCAGAUUUUUGUCCUUGGUACAUUGGUUUACCAUUUAUUCCAUAUCUGGAUAAUUUGCCAAACUUCAAUAGAUCAGCUGAUGGACCAAUCAGGCUGCCAAUUGUCGAUAAGUACAAGGAUAUGGGCACUGUGGUCCUGGGAAAGCUGGAAUCUGGAUCGAUUUGUAAAGGGCAGCAGCUUGUAAUGAUGCCAAACAAGCACAACGUGGAAGUUCUUGGAAUACUUUCUGAUGAUGUAGAAACAGAUUCUGUAGCUCCGGGUGAAAACCUCAAAAUCAGACUAAAAGGAAUUGAAGAGGAGGAGAUUCUUCCAGGAUUCAUACUUUGUGACCUUAAUAAUCUGUGUCAUUCUGGACGCACAUUUGAUGCCCAGAUAGUUAUUAUAGAGCACAAAUCCAUCAUCUGCCCAGGGUAUAAUGCGGUGCUGCAUAUUCAUACCUGCAUUGAGGAAGUCGAGAUCACAGCCUUAAUCUGCUUGGUAGACAAAAAAUCAGGAGAAAAAAGUAAGACUCGACCCCGUUUUGUGAAACAAGAUCAAGUAUGCAUUGCUCGUUUAAGAACAGCAGGAACCAUCUGUCUUGAGACCUUUAAAGACUUUCCUCAGAUGGGUCGUUUCACCUUGAGAGAUGAGGGUAAGACCAUUGCAAUUGGAAAAGUCCUGAAACUGGUUCCAGAGAAAGACUAAGCAUUUUCUUGAUGACCCUGCACAAUACUGUGAGGAAAAUUGACUGCAAAAGCCUACUUCACACCGCCUUCUCUUAUUUUCUGCCCAUUGAUAAAUCUCUCCCCAUAUUUUGCAAAGAAAAUUCACAGCAAAAGUCCACAUUAUGUCAGCUUUCUCAUAUUGAGAGCUCUGCUAUGCCACUGUUGAAUUUUUCCCCCCUUUCAAACUUUGCUUCCUUGGACAGAUUUGGCAAUAGCUUUGUAAGUGAUGUGGACAUAAUUGCCUACAAUAAUGAAAACCUACAGAAAUUUUUUUUUGUAUUUUUCAUUUUCCCCUUAGGCAUAAUUAGUCUUUUUUCCCCAGGCAGAUCAUUCUGAGUGUGCGAGUGUGUGUGCACAUGUUAAAAAGACAACUACCAUGUUAAUAAAAUAUUCAACUUGAAACCCUUUUCGGUAUUUGAAUUGCUUUUGAAUACUGUUUUUUAUCCGGAUGUAACAUUGUUGCAUUAGCUUUUUAACUGCCAAGUAAUUGAAUACAUUUUAUUACUUGGAUUUUUCUAAACUCUCCCUACCCACUCACUUUAAAUGAGGCAUUUACAAACACCAUUCAAGUUUGUAUUAAAGAAAGAAAGAGUUUGAUCCUUCUUUUGGUGGUUAACGCAUACAUGCAGUUAAAUACCUUUAUGUGACUGUGGCACUGCUUUACUAAGUAGGUCUAUUGGGUAUGUCCUGCCGAUUUAUAUCUAAAUAUGAUUUCUGAAACAGUAAGUUGUCUUGAAAUGAAAACAGCAUACUGUUGUUUUUAUAAAUAAAGCAUAAUAAAAAUUUACCCCUGCCUACAGAAAAUUCCAGCAAUGGAAUUCACAAAAGCAUGUUGAGGCUGGCAAAAAAAAAAAAAAAAAAAAAAAGCCUUUUAGUAUUUAUUAAGAGCUGCAUGUGUUAGUAUGAAAACCAUAUCAAUUAUGAGUGCCAGUUUUACAAGUUACUCAGUUUAUUGUUUGUAUCAGUAACUUGAAAGGUUGGAAGACCCUUGCUGGUUAAAGCUAAUUCUCAGUCCAGCGGCUAAAACGAAAAUAUUUAAAAUCAUCCAACACCGCACAAACUGAAGUAAUAGUGAUGAAUCAAGCACAGUACAGUACAAGUUUUAUUGUAAUUAUUUGAAAUAGUUUACUUAGAUACAAAGCUGGAAUUUGCUAACCAUGAUUUGGAUGAAUCGCAGUGCAACACUGUGUUGGUGGUUUUUAAAUUAAAAGUUGACUUUCUGCUAUAGCUAUCAUGAUUUUGAAAUUUUUCAUGAGAAUAAAUGGGAAAUGGGAUAGACAGUUUCUAGGUUUGUCAGAAGCCUCUUUCAUGUUGAGUGAGUGUUGCCAUUUAUCAGACAUGGCCUCUUACAUUGUGAUUGAUCUCUAAAUAAGAUACUUUGUAUGUUUAAUUACAUGUCCCUUCCCUUGCUCCCCUGAAAAGAAAACCCUAGCCUACUGUAUUUCCAGUCACAAAACAAAACUUGACUGUUUUCUUAACUAUGAAAUUCUGUUCAAGAGAAGAAUGAGUCAAUACGUUAUGGACAGGCAAAGUUACUGCCGUUCAGCUUCUUAGACUACACUUAUGGCUGUCAACUUGCAUGGAACUUGAAUUUUGUUAUUUCUGCUAAUUUCUGGGCUUUUAUUUUUCUGUGAAAUUUGGGAGCUUUAAUUAGAACAAAAUAGUUCUUUUUAUACUUCCAUGUUAAGGAGAUAUACUAGCAAGUGUUUGAGUCUUAAUGAAUAAUCUCUAAAACUUUUGAGCCACUGAAAUUAUUUCCAAAGAUAGACUUUCUUUUGAAAUCGAACACAUUUUUAAACCCAUUUCUGUUUGGUAUUAAAAUACACUGUUAAAAUACUAUGUGCAUGUUGCCAAGACUCUUUAGUAAAAUGACUUGGAAAACAACUGUGAAGGGUUUACCUCUACAAAAUAAGAAUAGUAAAAAUACAAAGGUCAUUUAAAAAUUCAUUGGAAUCUUAACACAUCUUCAAGAUGUAUCAACACCAUGUGUUUCAGGGGCUUUGAAACUCUUCAGAGUAUCUCCAUGUAGAGUUGACACAUUUAAACUAUAGAGUAUAUAUGGGUUUGUCAUUUGAAUAAAGAGAUUAAAUGUCUGAAAUAAUUUUGCAGUGUAUGCAGACAUUGAAGUUUUAAAGAGCAAUACAGAUUUCUAUGCUGUCACACUGUCCUCUGCAAGUGCAAACAUCAUAUGGUUCACAAUGCAAAAUAGGGUAAUUGCCUACACAUUCAGGACAUUAAAAAGCUCUAUAGGUGUUAGAAUUAUGGUUGUAUUUGUAUCAUUUUACAUCGAUGGUUUUUUUACAUAACUAUCAUAGUAGGUUACUUAAUUAAAUCUUAAGUUUUCAGACUGGAUUUUAGAGAUUUCAUUUAAAAACAAUUGCCAUCUUAAAUCCUAUUUCUUACUGUGGAAGAAGGGAAAAUAUAACAUUUUUUGUUUAUAUUUUACAAGAAGAACUUAUCCAGUGAAAAAUCUAUGUAAAAUCAAAUCACAAAAGUUGGACUCAGUGUCUGUUGCCAGAAAAUUAACUGGUAAAUAUUAAAGUGUUCUUUUGAAUGAUUAACCUAUUUUCACUCCUUGUUUUCAAUUCAAAAUCUUGAAAUUGAAUGUAAAAACUUUGUAAAGCUAAAGUGCAGAUUAUUCACUGUAAGAGGUAAUUCAUACUUGUCUGCUAGUUAUGAAAACAAUACAAACUGCUUUUUCAAUGUGGGACUUUGAAAGUUAUUUGAACAAUUACUGGCCUCCUCUCAGUUGAAGUUCUGCAAAUAUUUUGGCACAUAUUUGCAACCUGAUGGAGUUUUGCCAUUUAAGAAAAAGCUGAACCUUUGGUCAAAAACUGCUCCCAUGAACUUCUUAAAAAAAAAAAAAAAAGCCAGCUGAACUCCUUUGGCUCUUCAGGAACACUAGUAAUUACUCCGUGAUCUUGAAUGAUUGUUACACAUGACAGCACUCUAGCACAUUUCCUCAUUGGCAUGGACUUGCUCACGGACUGCUGCUUCGUGGAUGACAGCUUUGUUGCUUUGGGUAGAUUCAGGUAGUUAAGGGACAAAUCUGCAGUAUUUAUUAUAGUUCUUAUAUCAGGCAACCUUCGACCUUUAAACCAUUUGUGAAAAUUCUGGUUAUAGCACUAUAGGUCUGACUGUAGAAUGAUCAAAUGUUAUAUUCAGUGUUGGCCUACUAUUAGAAUAAACUGUGCAAUUAAUCCUCUCACAGACAUAUAUGUAAGGUAGAUAGCAGUCAACUGGAUUUGGGAGAUGAUUAUCUCCAAUAUUGCAUUUAUUUCCUCAAGCUAACUUUUUGGCGAUUCUAACAGAUACCAUCUAGUUACUUAUUACCUUAUUUCUUUCUUUGGAGAGCUUGCCAUGGCAGCAGCUUGUUAAAAAAUGUAAUUACAUAUGCACAACUCAAAAGACUUUAGUAGGUUUAAAUUUAGCAGUUGAUUGUAUUAGAUUUCAUGGUAAGUGCAAUAGGAAGUGUUCUUAUUUUCCAGUAGUAAUUCAGUCAAUUGCAUUUGAACCAAUUUAUUGCCAGGAUUCAGAUAGGGUAGAUUUGAUACUUGAUGGUUGGGGGUCUAGGAUAUCUUCAAUUUCCAGUAUCCUAGAACUUAUUGAGUCUUCCCUUCAAUAAACAUACUUACCACAUACCUCUAAUCCUAUGCUUCCUUGAAACAGUAAUAUGCUAGCUGAGUUGUUUACUAAGGAUUAUCACAAGGGCCUGGAGGAGGUGAAGUAGAGAUUUAAACCUUUUUUUUCCCUAUGGUGUAAGGGAAAAGCAGAUAGGCACUAGGUCUGAUUAGGCAGAAAAUGACAGGAUUUUUUAAGCAUCCCCAAAAUGGCAAUUGCUUUUUUUUUUUCUGCCUUGUCACACAUGCCACUGUGCCCUUUAAAUUUUAACAUGGAAACCUCAGGUUUGUGGACAGCACAGGUGAAUGGCAUAUUGUGCUUCCUGAGGCUCCCCUCUGCCAGGCACAUUAGUUUUGUGCUUCAGAUGUCAGCCCAAGUCCUUGCUACCUCCUUUCCUGCUGCCCCAGGAAGAGUGUGCUGCAGCCGGAGCUCUGGCUCCUCAGGUGAUGGCCUCCAUUUCUUCCACAUGCGUUAGGUGAAACUGAGCUCUGAGCCUGCAAGGUCUGCAUUUUAGGGACUCAUAUUGGGCUCUCCAAGAUGUAUACUUCGUAACUAGUUUCUUCUGUUUGUUGUAAAGGAAAUAUGGAUCUCUCAGGCCAGGAUUUAGUAACUGGUUUUUACUAGACAACUGGUUAAUACGUAGAUCUCUCUCUUUUUUUUUUAAAGGAUUGAUGGGAACUGAUUAGGAUUGCUGGGUUUUUUGAACCCAUUUCUAAAGCAUGUGAGAGUAUUCUCAGUAGGAAAAAGACCCUUUUCUUAUGAUUUGUAGCUACCUACUGUGCCUGACGUGGUGCCUGUGUGAGGAUUAAGCCCUUAGUCUGCUCUUGCAAUUAUUCAAAUGACUGAAGUCUAAAAUGUUUGCUUUUGUAUUAACAAUAAAAGUUGUCAUCUUCCCUUUUGA